ACUGAGAUAUUAGCCGGGCGGCGUGAAAAACUGCACAUUUUCGUGGUUUUCUAUUGAUAAAGUGUCGGAGAAGAUGGAGCAGUGGCCGCUCUUGUUUUUCGUCGCCCUCUGCAUUCUUCAGUCCUCCAGUAAACCGAUGGAGAAGAAAGACCGUGUUCAUCACGACGUUCCUCUCAGUAACAAAGAUCACGAUGAUGAGGAGAACUUCGACUACGACCACGAGGCUUUUUUGGGACAGGAGGAGGCCAAGACUUUUGACCAGCUCACGCCAGAGGAGAGCAAAGAGAGGCUUGGUAAGAUUGUAGAGAAGAUCGAUGAGGAUCACGAUGGUUUUGUGACUGCCGAUGAGAUGAAGCGGUGGAUCAAACACGCUCAGAGGCGCUGGAUUUAUGAGGACGUGGACCGACAAUGGCAGGCUCACGAUCUCAACUCAGACUCUUUUGUCUCCUGGGAGGAAUACAAGAAUGCUACGUAUGGUUACAUACUUGAUGAAGCAGAUCCUGAGGAUGGUUUUAACUACAGACAAAUGAUGACCAGAGAUGAGCGACGGUUUAAGAUGGCCGACCAAGAUGGUGACCUGAGGGCCAAUAAGGAAGAGUUCACAGCAUUUCUUCACCCAGAGGAGUUUGACUACAUGAAGGAUAUUGUAGUACUGGAGACCAUGGAGGACAUUGAUAAAAAUGGAGAUGGUUUGAUCGAUUUGAAUGAAUAUAUUGGUGAUAUGUACAGUCAGAACGGAGACUCGUCUGAACCAGAGUGGGUGAAAACAGAAAGAGAACAGUUUACAGAAUUCAGGGAUAAGAACAAAGACGGUCGUAUGGAUAAAGACGAGACCCGUGACUGGAUCUUACCUGCUGAUUACGACCACGCAGAGGCGGAGGCCAAACACCUGCUGUACGAGUCCGACGCAGACAAGGACGGCCGUCUCACAAAGCAGGAAAUUGUGGAUAAGUAUGACUUAUUUGUUGGGAGCCAAGCAACAGAUUUCGGCGAUGCUCUGGUGCGACACGAUGAGUUUUAACUUUAUGAACUUUGCGCUUGAAAACAAAUGCAAAAUGAACAAUAAUUUAUUUUAUCAUUUCAAGCAUCCCACGGUGUGAAACUGUACUGUGUUUGCAAAACAUUUCUGUUCUUCUACAGCAGCGACUCCAUCAAAUCCAGCUUGAUUUGCCUUUUUAUAUACAUCUCCAGCUCUUCGCUCUUGGAUUCUGAUGCGAUUUCAAAUGCACUGAUGAAAUAGUAUUCAGAUCAGCUUGUGAAGCUUUUGGAGAGGUUUGUCUAACGAUUUAUUAUGCACCCCGUGUAAUGCAGCAUAAUGGCAUACAUGUAAACCAACCCAGCCAAGAGUAAUAACAUUAGAUAUAAGAGGAGUUCUUGCGCAUAAUAUGACCUAAGCAUUGCCCUUAUGUACACUACUUGUCUAAAUAAUAUCAACCACUACAUGUACAGUUCAUAUUUAUCUGCAUUUACCAUAGUGAAAACCACGUAUAGUAUUAGAUCUUAGAGAAUUUUAGAUUUGGUUGACGGGGAUCAGCAUGUCAUGGCUUGAGCUGAUCUGUCAUCAGCCUCGCUUUAAUAUUUAGUCAUUAAAGGAGUAGUUCACCACAAAAUAUAAAUUCUGGCCUUAUUUACUCCGCAUUCAUCCUUGUUUUAAACCUUUUUUCUGUUGAAGACAAAUUAAGAUAUUUUGAAGAAUGUUGGAAACCUGUAACCAUUGACCAUUAUUAUUUUUUUCUCCUAUGAAGGUCAAUGGUUACCUGUUUUCAGCUUUCUUUAAAAUAUCCUUGGUGUUCAACAGAAGGAAGAAACACUUAACUAACUAACUACACUUGGUAACUACUUGAGAAUAAGAUGAGAAAUGAGUAAUUUUUUGGGGGGUGAACGAUCCCUUUAAAUGCAAGGACCAUUCAGCCUUAAAGGACCACUGAACAUCGUUUCUUCCACUGCUACAUUUAUUUAGUGUUUUUGCUUUCAAUAAUAGACUGAAGCAACAAACUAAUGAUCAUCUUCCCUCAAGUGCCUUUUCAGUCUCCCUCAUAUCCUGUAAAUGGCUUCAAGGCUGUUAUGAAAACUUUUUCUUUCUUUCUGCGAGUUGUACAUGACUGAACCUCUCUUAAAGGGAUAGCUCACCCCAAAAUUCAAAAUUUGUCAUAAUUUACUCAACCUAGAUUUAUUCCAGACCAGUUUUGUUGAAGAUAUACUGAGAAUGUCAGAUACUGGUGACCAUGGAUUUCCAUUGUGUGGUUCAUAUUCAUUUUCAAGUCAAUGGUUACCGGUUUUCAACAUUCUUCAAAUUAUCUUCUUUUGACUUCAACAAAACUGGUUUGGAAUAAGUAAAUGAUGACAAUUGUAAUUUUGGGGUGAACUAUCCCGUUAACAUUAGAAUAUAGUUCGUGUAUAUAUGUCUAUAAUUGAAUGUGAAUUCCAUUCAGUAUGCUGUGGUCAGGUAUUGUAAAUACUAAGAGUGUUUUCUCAAUAAAAUUGCUUAAA